CAAGCAAAAUUGAUGCCAUAUUGGGUAAGAUCUAUUCUGAAAGAGCAACAUAUAAUUACAAGCAUACUUGUGCCAUGAAAUCAAAUGCAAAUUUCAUAGAGUUCAAGGUUAGCAGGCGUGAGCCGGAGCUCAUAGCUCCAUCUAAGCCCACACCUCAUGAAUUUAAGCCUUUGUCGGACAUUGAUGACCAAGACGGUCUCCGUUUUCAGAUGCCCAUCAUACAAAUCUAUCGUCAUGACUCCUCCAUGCAAGGAAAGGACCCUGUGAAGGUGAUCCGCGAGGCACUUGGUAAAGCACUAGUGUUUUACUAUCCGUUUGCCGGUAGACUUAGAGAAGGACCUAACCGCAAGCUUACGGUGGAAUGCACUGGUGAAGGAGUGUUGUUUAUUGAGGCUGAUGCCGAUUUUGAUCUUCAACACUCCGGAAAUGUACUUCAACCUCCGUUUCAUUUCUUAGACGAGUUUCUAUACGAUGUUCCUGAUUCUGAUGGAGUCAUAAACUGCCCUUUGAUGCUUAUUCAGGUAACACGCCUCAAGUGCCGUGGUUUCGUUUUUGCUCUCAGAUUCAAUCACACAAUGAGCGAUGGUCCUGGUAUAGUUCAAUUCAUGACAGCAAUUGGAGAACUAGCUUGUGGAGAACAUUCACCUUCUGUCCUCCCAGUAUGGGAAAGACAAAUUCUUAACGCGAGGAAUCCACCAAUGACCACAUGUAUACAUAGAGAAUAUGAUGAUUUUACGACAACAAUUCCAUUUCCGCUUGAUGACAUAGUUCAUCGAGCUUUCUUUUUCGGACCCAAUGAAAUAGCCACUCUCCGAAGUUAUGCUCCUCCUCUUCUCCGUCAUUGCACUACAAUGGAAAUAGUAACAGCAUGUCUUUGGAAGUGUCGAACUAUUGCGUUUCAACCCAACCCAUCGCAGGAAAUGCGAAUGAUAUUUCCUAAUAAUGCACGCAACAAAUUUAGUCCCGAGUUGAUACCAAAAGGGUACUAUGGCGUUGGAUUUAUGUUUUCAACAGCAGUUUCCACCGCCGAAGAACUCGUAAAGAACUCUAUAGGUUAUGCAUUAGAGUUAAUUAGAAAGGCUAAAGCAGACAUGACUAAAGAGUAUGUGCAAUCAGCAGCCGAUACGCUAGUGAUCAAAGGCCGACCUUGUUUUCCGGUGGAUGGGACGUACAUUAUAUCGGAUGUGAGACAUUUAGGAUGGAGAGAUGUAGAUUUUGGGUGGGGCAAAGCUCUAUAUGGCGGCCCUGCUAAAGCCUUUCCUGUCAUGGUGAGCUAUUUUGUAGCGUUUGAGAAUGAGAAAGAUGAAAGUGGAUUUGUGGUGCCAGUUUGCUUGCCAGCCCAAGUAAUGGAAAGAUUUGCGAGGGAGUUACAAAAUUUGUUGCAGGCUGCUAAGCCAUUCAAUGGUGGGGAAUUGGGAAUGGAUUCUCACCAUUAGCAAUGUCUACUUUAUGAAUGUGUUUAAAAUGUAUGAGCUUAAUUUGAAUGCAAACAGAGGAUUGUUUGCAUUAUGUAACAUUUUUUCAACAGCAGCAUCUUCUUAGUUGCUCAGUACGUGACUAGUAAUAUGACUCGUAAAUAUGUAUAUU